AUGAAAAAAUGGAUAGUUCUUCUUGGUGGGGCUCUAUUCUGUGUCCUAUUUCUCUCCAUGUACUUGGUAGUAGAUCAGUUAGGACGGCUUCCCACCUCUCAAGAAAUCUUCCAAGCUGAGGUAGGUUGCGAAGGUCUCCAAAAACAACUCUCAAUGCAACUUUUACACGUCGUGGCUUUCAAUUCAUCCCCUAAAGCUGUUUAUGAGACCUCUUAGCUUAAAGGUAUUUAUUUAAACGUCCAUCGAAUAAUUAUAAGAUCUUAAUUUACCAAAAGACGGAAAGGGAUGAAUUGGUGUAAAACGGUUGUAAAAAGCUCUUUUCUUCGUUUGCAUACAAUGACGAUAUGAAUAUCGGUUGAAUGAAAUCAUGUGAGAUUUCUGAAGCUUGUUGCCGGUUUUGCUACUUGUAAUGAAAUUCUGUUGGCUGCAUGGAAAGUGUUUUCUGUCGAUCCUUUACUUUAUGCGCAUUUUUGAAAAAUAUUGAAUUGAAACGUUAUCGUUAGCCGGUGUGCAUGCAAAGUGCGCACAGAUUCCCGCGAAUGUUUUUACAUCGAAUCGCAGAAGAAAGUCGAUCAAUAAAUCUUUAAAGCUUAUAGUUUAAUGAAAAUAUAAGCCUAAAUAUUCUUCUUGCACAUUUUAUUAGUUUUCUUUAUUCAGGUUUUGAAUUUGCUGAAGCCUGAGAAAUACAAGAAUACCAAAAAAGUAGUGUUUAUUUAUGUGUGCGGUUGCAGUGUGUUAGAUUAUAGAUGUCUGCUAAAACGUUAGAUUGAAAGUUAACGGUAAGCUUAUAUUUGAAAAGAAAUGACCAGGCCCCAGUUGUUCAAUUCCACCUAUCGCGAUAGGUCACCUAUUUAGAGAUAGGUCACCUAUCACGUUAACCAAAGGGAUUAUGAAUAGGCGACCUAUCACUAAAUAGGUCACCUAUCACGAUAGGUUGCAUUGAACAACCGUGGCCAGCUGGCUUAAGUUGAUAGUUUUAAUUUCUGGGAAGUUACUUGCAAUUUUCUAAAGAAUGUACAUUUGAAAGGUGGAGUAAUUUUUGUAGCGGAGCAAAAGUAGAGGCAGUGAUUUUUUAUUUAUGUAUAUUCAUUGAUUAAUUCAGAUAAAAGUAUGGUAAUUUUUUAAAGUUAAACCACCUGUUAGGAUACAGCUGAGGAAAUAAAAAAAUUGGGGCACAGAAACUUAUUUUUCCAAGCUGCAGAGCAGUGUUUCUAGAAUGCAAAAUUAUUACUCACUAAUUUUCGAAAGAGAUAAUAAGCAAGGCUCACAGAACUAAAAUACCGGAAACUGUCGCUUAUAAGCCCUGGGUUUAUAAAUCUUUGAAAGGGGUGUUGUGAGGGCCUUAUAUAUAACUGGAAUAGAAUAGCGUGGCUCAAAACAAGCUACAAAUGUUUGGUAGUGCUGAUCAAAAUACAUUUUGUAUUUACUGGUUUUUAAUUAAGGCUCAAAUACAUGUAACAAAUCAAAUUCAUAGGGCAGCGCUCCAGGCUCAACUUUUUUCAAAGCAACCUAAAAUUACAAAAUGGUCACCAAACAUACAAUUUCGGUCGCCAGAAAAAAGGGACACUACAUGAACGUUUGAAAGAAUCAAAAUUGCUGCCCAACCAUCGCAAUUGAAUUUGGAGGUGUCGCGACAUCUCGAGGCUUAAUACCCAGAAAACCUGGGUGAAAUUAGGCAGAUUAUCAGGAAAACAGAGCAUAGAAUAAGGAUAUUUGAUACAAAUUUCUAUCACACUUUAACUUAUUAAAAAGAUGAGAAACUACUAGAAAACCGCAUCUCACAAAAUCUCUGGAAUUUCUUGGGAAUAGCUUGGCAUGUGAUCGCUGGACAUAGGUUGCCAAAUUGGCAACUUCCACCGCAAUAUCAGUCGCCAAAAUUUUUUUUCUACUCGCCAUGGCAACCAAAAUGGUCGCAGCUUAGAGCACAGUAGGGGGGCUUAUAAUUGGAGCUAGAAAGGGGAAGGAUGUAUUUUUAUGUUUACAGGUAAAGGACCUUUAACUGGGGGCUGGGCUUUUAGGUGGCAGUAUACAGUAGCCAGACAAAUUCUCUGGCCCAAGGCCCAUAAAAACAGUCCUCAAAAUUUUAACCUUGUAGAAGGAAAGGUGGCAGACAAAAAUAUUAUAUAUUGAAAUAUACAAGUUUGGUUAAAAUGUUUGUUUAGGUCUACAUAUGAAUGUAAGUGGUUUGAGCCUCUGUAACACUAGAGACAGUGGCCUUAGCUUCACCAGUGACAAUAUUACAUGUACCCCUGGACCAGUUUUGCUUGAUGAGUAUUAUUGACUGCAUUUUGUUCAAGAUUUCUUACACCAAAAAUAUUCUUCAUUUGUCGAGCAUUGCCUCACAAGGACCGGGCUCAAAAAUCUCAAUAGAAAAUUAGAAAUAAUCACAAAGAGGAAAAAAUAGCUGUUUCAUUUAAGAUCCUUUACUCCAGCAGUGUUUUGAUCAGAAACGCAUUAAAGUUUGCCGAACUCCCCAGGAAAAAGGUGAAAUGAUGAGGGAAAAACUUAAGAAAAUAAAAAAAAUAGAAAGCCAUGACUUCUGUCUUAGAUUUAGAACAUAAACAUGAUGAUGAAACAUCCUAAAAUCAUACUCGAUUCUAGUACAUAUGACAAUGACACAAAACAAGGGGAGUGGUCACAACAUUUGAGACUUUUAUUGUACCCCAUGUUAAAAAGCUACAUUAAAUGCAGCACAGCACCUACAAGGUUAGUAUUUUGUUGUGGUUCAAUUUUAUCCUUGGCUUAAUUUUUAUUUUCUUUUGUUUUUGAGUAUGGUAAUGUAUGGUAUUCAGUUUGAAACAAAAGAAAAUUAAUAAAAAUUGAACCAAGGAUAAAACUGAACCACAACACAUACACUAUGAUUGAAUUGGAGUGAAGGAAUCAAAUUUCAUCGCAGUUGCUGAGUAUAGUUCAAAAUAUAUGAUUGUCUUUAGAAAAAAGUCCCGCUGUGACCAGUCUGAACUGUUUUAGGGUCGAUUACCAACUGCUUUUCAGGAAAGGAGCCCAUUUUCGGCAAAGAACAAGACUGGACCCUAGAGAGUGGUUGAAAUUGAGAUUGGAACUAAUGCCCUACUAUAUGGAGCUUUUGACAAACUACAUGGCCCAGGGAGGGGGGAAAUUAGCAGUGUUUUUACACAAGGCCAAUGUUAAAUUCCUGGCUAAGUCCCGGAGGUAGGGGGGGGGGGCGGAGUUUCAAGUGACUGAUGCAUAAAAUGUUGAAAAAAGCCUAUUAGCAUUCCCAAAACUCACACACCUAAUUUGAUUUAUUAACUCAGUAUAUUUUUACUUUUUUAUUGUCCUUCAGAGAAAACAAAAUGUUGAGGAUCCUCUGAGAGUUCUUGAAAGGGAUAUGAGUAAACUAGAAGGGAACUUGAAAAGAACUGGCAAAAUUAUGAACAGUAUGCAGCAAACUGUAGACAAAAUAAAAUUCCACGGUGGCAAACCAGGGCACAAUAAACAGCGUGAAGAAUUGUUAAGGAGGACGUCACCAGGCAAACAAGGUGAAUCUCUUGAGAGAAGGCCUGAAGUACAAGGUGGAGAUGUUGACAAUGGCUGUGUGUUCUCAGCAACAGCAUCAGGAAAAUCAGCAAAUGUGAAGGUAAACUUUUCUUAGAGGGUGGGUGCACCAUUUCAAUCCUUUUAUUCAGAUUAUGUGCCUUUUUUCAGGGCUUAAAAAAAGUAUCAUCCAGUUGAGUGGGACUAGUAGCUUUUUUUGUUGGGCAAGUAACUUUUAAAACUCAGUCGUCCAAUGGGCAUGAAAUAUGCUUAUAUGCUAAAGCACAAACUGGCACGCAAACAGCAAGCUAUUGCAACAACACUUUGCGAAGAACGGCAAGCAGGCAACUGCGUAUCUAAGUCACAAGGUGCCCCUGCUAGAGGCAUCGGGCCACCCCCACUAUAGCUGGGGAAACAGCUGACCAGCAUUGCUUCGAGGUUAACUUGGCCUAAAUUACAUUUAGCCACAUUUACAUGGGGUAUGUUUUUAGCUUAUGUUCUCUGGUUUCUAAAUUACCUCACCUCACCCUCGCACAAGAUUUUUCAGGGUUACAGGGUGUUACGCAAAAUUGUAUUGUGUAACUAGCGUGACUUUCUAGAAGCUUCGCAAGAGUUCAUAGUUUGUUUAUUUUAGGACCUUGUGUAAGCGUUUCUAAAGUGGUAUAUUUUGUAAUCUUUCUAUAAUUAGACAAUUUAAUUUUUUUUUUUGAAUUGUUAUCAUAUCAGUGUUGUCAUCGAUUGAUUAUAGAUGUUGGAUAUGUUUGAUGUAAUGCCAUUUGAUAAUAUUGAUGGCGGUGCAUGGAAACAAGGCUGGGAUGUGAAGUAUGAUGACAGUGAAUUUGAUAAAGAACAACUUAAUGUAUUUGUGGUCCCUCACUCUCACAAUGAUCCAGGUAAAUGCAGUUUUGUCUUGAUUCAAAACCAGUGAUUAACAUUGGUAUGACCUUUGAUAUGAGUUUUAUCUGCUGGACUUAACACAGACAAAAUUUGCUAUUUAAUAACUCCAAACUGAAAACUUAAGAGUGUCAAAGUUCAAAUUCCAGAAUAAUACCAAAUUUCUUUCUACUGAAUCAUGAAAAACAAAUGGUCAUAUGCCAACUACUAUUGAAGAGAUUUCAUUUAAAUGAUGACACCACUCAAAUGAAUUGGAUUUUCUCUUCAGACUCAAAAGUACAUGUAAGAACCAUGUACCAAAUAAAUUACAUUGUAUAGUACCACUGGAGACAGAUUUCCUUUGAAUGAUUACACCAUAGGAUUCCAGCCACAUGAAUGAAAAGUCAGUCUUCAGAUCAGCCUUUCCAAAAUGCAAUGCUUGCUGCUGCAUGUACGUAAGCAUUGCUAAAAAUGACUUUUCUGUGGGGUGUUAUAGUUGGCAAUAAUAUUGUCUCAGGCAAUGUUUCUCACAACAGUGAUAUCAAGUCACAAGAACAAAUUAAUGCAAAGUUUAACAGGCCUUUAGUGAUCUCAAGAGCCAUGGCAUUGGAGUUUUUGCUCCCAUGGUAGUUGUAGCCAUGUUAUCUUGGGCAAGGAUUAGAGGACAUGUUAAGAACAGCCUCUCCAGGUUGGGGGUUUGAUAUGGGCCCAAUUACCCUUCUGUGUAAUAAAAUAAUAGACCUUUUUACCGAUAUGGCAGCCAUAUUGAGUUAAUUCGAUUUAAGGAGUAUUAUAGGAUGUCCAGGGACAUGAGCACAUUUUCGUAUGUAUUUUCAAGCGCUUUUCGGGUCAUUUUUUCUUAAAGUUUUCUUAGAAUAAGAUUGUAAAGGGAAAAAAGAUCCUUGUGCCAUGUUUGGAUGUAAUAAUGAUUGCCUUUUUCUACUUUAGUAUUAGAAAUAUGGUCUUUCACUGUAUAUUUCUCGAGAAAAAGGUGAUCAUUAUUACAUUGAAACACGGCACAGGGAUCUUUUUCCCCAUAACAAUCUCAUUCUAAGAAAACUGUCCCGAAAAAAUGUCCCGAAAAGCGCUCGAAAAUACAAACAAAAUGUGCUCAUUCCCCCUGGGCAUCCUAUAAUACUCCUUAAAUCGAAUUAAUUCAAUAUGGCUGCUGUAUUGGUAAAAAGGUCUAUUUGAUUGUGGAAAUAGACUAAAAAUUUCUAUAUUUAUUAAUAACUAUUUUUUUUGUCUUUUUUUUUUGUGUUCUAGGGUGGAUCAAGACACUAGACCAGUAUUACACUCAGCAGACAAGACACAUUCUAGACAAUGUAGUCGAUGCCCUAGCAGUAGAUAAAAGAAGAAAGUUCAUUUGGGCAGAAAUAUCUUAUUUCUCAAUGUGGUGGGGAGAAGUUGAUGACAAAAGAAAAAAGCUUGCUCUAGAGUAAGAACUUUUUCAAUAUUGGCAUUUCAGUUGAACCUCCAUAAAGCAGCCACCCUCCAGGUAGCGGCAAGUGGUCGCUUAACCCUUUAAGCCCCAGUAUCCACAUACAAAUUCUCCAAACUGAUCCCUAUACAUUUCCCUAAAGAAUGAGUUGAGAUAAUUUGAUAAUAGAUCAAGGGCGAAGGCAUUUUCUCUUGUGUGAUCAUUUUAUAAAUUCUCAUAACUUAUCUCUUGAUAGUGUAUGGAUAUUGUUUGGAGAAAUUUGAUCUUGAUCACUAUUGGGACUUAAAAGGUUAAUGGAGGUUGGCCGCUCAAUUGACUUCUGUCGUAAAUUAGCAUAAUCUUUAGCAGAGACAUAGAAGCAAAUGCAGGGAAGCAUUACUGAUCCACAAUCGGUUGUCAUCUUCUAUCUUAGACAGUAUUUUCCUUCAUCAUAUUCUUGAAAUGAAGCCAAACUAAGUGUAUCAAGCGCUUGAUGGCCACUUGACAGAGGUUACAACAAUGAGAGAACUCUUGUUGGGAUAGCCAAAAUGUGGCCGCUUAAUAGACGUGUAAUUUCCCAUUCUUUUUUUACAAUCAUUUUGGGACUUUGAUUACUGGCUGCUCAUUAGUGGGUAGCUGCUUAAUGGAGGUUCAACUGUAGUUAGUAAUGGAAAUUGAAGGCCAUCCCUUUUUCUUUAUACAUGUAAAACCCUGAGUAUUAGUAUGGGCUUGGUGAUCAAACCUCCGACCUCCUGCUUUGCAUUCAAAUGCUUUACUGACCCAGGUAGUCCUGCAGUUGUUGACUGACACCCACUUAAUGUGGAAACCUCGUUAUUACAGAAAGUUUUCCUUGUCCCUAGCCCUUACAUUGUCUCUGAAUUCAACCUGCUUAUAAUAAUGAGGACAAAUACAGACACUUUCUAAAGUCCUGUUAUUGUCCAUGUUAACUGGGUUUGACUGUACAACCAACAUUUUCUGGGAUGGAUGUUUUAGAGACCAAUGUCAAAUGACCAUUUUACAUGUGUAGUUAGAGAGGUCUCUGCAUUUCCAUUUUCGGGAGGUGUCAGUCUUAAGGAGGUUUUUCUAAGUGGCGGUAGACUACAUUUGUAUUGUGGCAAGAUGAAAAAUAGACCUAGGCCUGCCAGGUCUGAUAAGAGGGUUACAUGUUUAUUGUUAUUAUAGGAGUGUUGGAUCUACUAUUGUUAUAGGAAUUGUCAUCAUUUUAUUAAUCUAACAAAAUUGUCUCUUGCAAAAAAGUGUGAACUCCAGGCUUCUUAGUGCUGUCCCUUACCUUGUCUUUGCCCUCUGUGUAUCCCCCCUUCACAUUCCUGCCUCAACCACUAUCACUGGGACCCUGGUAGAAUGGCCAGACCUUUGCUGCAUAUUUGCCUAGAUGACAAAGAAAUUUUCCCCAUUAGUGCCAGAAGAAAAACAAGAAGAACAGAGGAGAGAAUGUACAUGUUGAUUUAGUUUGUGCUAUUAUUCAUUGACUCUUCACUCCUGAAAAAGGGCCAAUCCUCAAACUGACUUAUUUGAUUAAAAGCACACUUCUUGAUAACACACUGAAUAAACAUUUUAUUCCUUAGGCAGCUAAGCAGUGGUCAACUAGAGAUUGUAACUGGUGGGUGGGUUAUGAAUGAUGAGGCCAAUACUCAUUACUAUGCUAUGCUGGAUCAGUUGAUUGAAGGGCAUCAGUGGAUUGCAAAGAAUCUGGGUUCAGGUCAGUUAAUUGCCAUAAAACCUUAUUUUUUAUGUUCAUGAAGGUAUCUGAAAGAUUUGCAUUAAAAAGGGCCCCUGGUGAAUUGAUCCAAUGACAACUUCUCCCAUUGUGUUACAAACAAACAUGAGGCAAUGUGGAGAGAGAAUCUAUGAAUCAGAAGUCUGUGGGGCUAUUUUUCUGGCACGUUUAGGGUCCCUAUACAAUUGAGGACCAACCUGAUGCCCCUGACUUGCUCUACACAGUUUGUGAUUUGAAGAGUAAAUGAAACCAGCCACAGGCAAAAAUUAUGCAUGUAUAUUGUACUCAUCCUUUUAACAAUAUCCUCUAGGUGAUAAACUUACUUUUUUUUGUAAUUGGUUUAAUGAAUUUGUAGAUUGUUACUAUUACAUGAAAUAACAAUAUUAUCAAAAGGUACAAUCACACCAAGGAGGCCAAAAGUGGACCUCCUUUAAUUAACUCACAUUCUUUCAUGCAGACAUAAACCAAUCAGAAGUCAAGGACAGUUUCCAGCUGGUUUCUGAUUGGAUUAAAUCUGUACGAAAGAAUGUGAAUAAAUCAAAAGUGAACAGCUUUUGGGCUCCUUGCUGUAAUAUGGGUGGGGUGGUAUGUUUUAGAGCAGAAUUUUGGGAUUAUGCAAAAAAAAAUUACAGGAUGCUGAAAUCAACAAGGCAAUCUUCCAGACCUCACCAGUACCUUGUUACAUCUCCACUCCCAAAAGUUCAUUUGUUUUGGACCAGUUACAUGUAAAUGGCACAAGAAGCUGCCUACAGUGCCCUCUUAAUCACUCAAAGAAUUGUUCUUAGAUUGUAACAGGAGAGGAAUUACCCUUUCUGAGAAAUUAAAAUACAGUAAAGGGAUAAUAGGGCUUGUCUAAGGGGUUGUAACUACUUAAUGUAAUCGUUAUUUUUCUAUAUUUUACUAGGAAUAAAGCCUAUGUCAGGAUGGGCCAUUGAUCCAUUUGGGCACACACCCACAAUGGCAUACCUUUUGCGACGCAUGGGGUUUCACUCCAUGUUAAUUCAACGAACUCAUUAUCAAGUCAAGAAACACCUUGCUAAAGAUAAAAAUCUGGAGUUCAUGUGGAGGCAAAACUGGGGUAAGUCUUUUGCUCAGAAAGUCUAAGUGUGCAAAUAUGUUAUUUUCUUUCUCUAUGGAUAUGGCUUAAUAUUUAAUUGUGUUGCCAUAUUGUAUUUUCACACUCCCUUAUUUAGAAUCCUAGGCCAUCUUUGGACGAGCAGCUGUCCUAUUUUUCUUGCCUGGGGCAACUACUUGCUUGUCUUGUUAAUGAUUUUGUUGGAGAAUGACUUGCCUGGACUGUUGUCCAUUGGAGUUACCUGCACAGUGAGAAUAUAUCUACUUGUCCGGGGACUUUUUUCAAGACCUGUUGUGUAUUGAUUGAAAAUUAACGCCUUGAAUUUCAGAUCAUGGAUCAUCAACAGAUAUGUUUUGUCACAUGAUGCCAUUUUACAGCUAUGACAUUCCCCACACUUGUGGUCCUGAACCCAAGGUAUGGCAAAAUGAAAUAUUAAUGUAUGUUUGGAAGGAGAUGUCUCGCCCUUUGUUUUAAACUUAACCCUUUCCCUACCAUGCCACCCUCUAUCUGAAAGCCCAUAUUCAAAGCAAUACAGUAGCUUCAAAAUUUAUGAGAAAUCCUGUGUUGUGUUGAUAACGUACUCCACUACUUGAGGCUUAACUCACCAGAGGCUUAAUGCAUUUGACAGCUUCUUGGUCAUAGCUGACAACACCAGUUUAGAAUGAGUGGGCACUAUAAAAUACCUUGGUGUUAUUUCUAAUAAAUCCGUCUUGGAUAAAGCAUGGCUGCUCUAGGGAGAAAAAUAUCUUCUCUCGAUUAUCAUUUAUGCAUCACACUUGAAAGAUCCUGUCAAAAUCAAUGAUUGAAUGAAUGAAUUCAAUAAAAUAGACAGGUAUUAUUUGCUCGCCCAUAAUCCAGGCUAACAGUAAUGAUUUCUUGUGAUUUUAUUAAUUGUUUGGGGCCUUUCACCAAUUUUAUUAUUAGAUGGCUUGUAUAAACUAAAAUACAGUUUUGUAGUGGCUCAGUCUCUCUAACAGAAUCAAUUCAGUGCCUCUUUACUCUUUCUUUAGAUUUGCUGCCAGUUUGAUUUCCGCCGCUUGCCUGGUGGUGGUGUUACUUGUCCUUGGAGAAUUUCUCCUGUAAGAAUUGAUGACAACAAUGUUGCCCAAAGGUAUUUUACAGGUGUCUUUGAAAACUCUGUUCAUUCUAUUGGUGACUGAUGCUCAACAGUAGGAGGGAGUUGCAACUCUUUUUUUAAUACAUUACAUUUUAAUUUUUGGUCAAGACAUGUCAUGUGACCACAAUUAAAAUAAUGUUAAGGCACAAGAAGACCUCAAGAUUUACUUGUAGAGAAAAUUUCUUUGUUCUAGGCCUCCUAGCACAAGAUAUUGUCAUUCAAUUGUAUGCUCGAAAAACACACCUUUUACCCAGGCCUUAAACCCCUUGAGAUAGCAAAUAAGUCCCUCCAUCCCCUCCCCCCUCACUUUUUUUUAAAUAAUAGAGGUACAAGGAGAAUCUUUUUCUACUGGUUUAUCUUUUAACCCGCUCACCCUGCAAAUUUGGCUGAAAAAUGCAUUUUAAAGCUAGUUGAGCCUUGUUCAGUCACAAUUUUGGCCAAAAAGUACCAAACUGUGCAAAAACACCGUUUAUAAGUUGAGCACUACGCUAUUGUUCCUGAUGCUUAACAUCAGUUUCCCAACAUUGGGCAUGCAUAAUGCUUUCUCUCCUUCCACUUCUUUCACUUUUUUUCCUCUUUUUUGGAGGGGGGCAUUUACAAGACUUUGUGAGAAAUGUCUUGAGGAAAAUUGUUAGGAUUGUAGGAUUAUUUUUAGGAUGUGUAGUCGGGUAGUAUGGAUGAUGUUGUGGUUUUUUUUCAUUUGAAAAGGUAGCCAUAAUAAGGUUUUUGAAAGAAAAACUUAAUAGGAAAUAGGCACCCCCUGUCCCCUUGGUCAAGAUCACCAUCCCAUAACUCUUAAUUUGUGCUGGAAGCCUCCAUUGCAUGAUCUGACAAUAUUACAUUCAUCUUCUUGGAAUACUGUUUCCCCCUGCAGGACUUCUUUCACACAGAGGCACUUGGAAAAGGUUGAAAUGUUACCUGGAAUAUUGUGAAACAAGCUAUGCCUUAAAACUUUCUGAUGACUUCAUUCUGUUUUCUUACAGGUCACGAAUGCUACUAGAUCAGUACAAGAAGAAGGCACAACUCUACAGGACAAAUGUCUUGUUUGUGCCAUUGGGAGAUGACUUUCGAUAUGAGACAACAUUUGAAAUUAAUGCUCAGUAUGGUAAUUAUCAGGUAUGAGAGCAUAAUUUUUCAAGUUUGACCGAGUUCACACUCAAAAGCAGGUCAUUGUUGUGUUGAGCUGAGAAAGGUUUCCUUUCACCUUAGGGUCUUCUCCUUUUUUGCAUGGAAGAAGGAAGGUAGUAUUUGAUGACUAAAUGUAGAGGCUGUGUUAUCAGUGCUUAGUAUUUUGUGUAAUAUUCUUCUCCACAGAGACUGAUGGAUCAUAUAAAUUCUCAUCCAGAGCUAAAGGCCAAGGUACCUGUUUUUAUCUUACUUCAUGAUUAAUCAUCAAAUUGUAACCAGCAUUCUGAUUUUACAUGCCAAAUAAUUUAUGGAGUUGAAAUACCAUUAAAAUAUUCAUUUAAUAUUCUUUACAAGUAUGUUUUAUUUAUUCACCAUUCAUCUCAGUCUAUUAUCCGUGGCAAAGUACACACAGCUACUUCAUCGUGGCAUCAUAAAACCACGUCAUCAAGAAAGUGCAGGGUUGAACAAAAUUUCUAAAAAAAUUAUGCGAGGUCAUUUUUUCAAGACCUAGAUGUAAGAUAAACAGAUUAAUGAACAACGCCCUGUAAGCUUGCCUCAAUGAGGAAUGAAAGUGUUGAGACACUUCUAUACGAUGGCCCCUUUUUGCAUAGUGGACAUAUCCAUCACUUCCCCCUCUGUACCCCCACCCCGUCCUCCUAAAAUCAAUGUUUUAUUUUAAACCCUCAAGUCUGUCUUUUACUGCAAACAACAUUUAUUUGGGAUGGGGGGAUUUAUGGCAUUUAAAUAGAAUGACACAAUUGUCUAAAACAACUGCUUUUAUCAACAAUUAUUGUUGACAAAAGCACUUGUUUUAGACAAGUGUGUCAACUGCUUCUGUCCCUGAUUAUAGGUACUGCCCAGUUGAUUAGUGUAUUGUGAAACAUACUGCAAGAACUUUCAAUCUGUUCAUGGGAAACACUACAGGAAUGAAAUAUUUGCUAGUGUCUUGCAGCAGUAGCUUAAGCUCAUUUGAUAACCAGCUAUGCGAGGCUAAAAAAAACUUGAUUCAGUACCUUGUCCUUGGGCAAGCAGCUCCUCCAUUUUGCUUGCCUGAGGCCACUACUUGUUUGUCUUAGUGAAAAAUUUUCUUAGAGGAUGACUAGCCUGGACCGUUGUCCAUUGGUCAAGUAAUAACCUUUAAAAGUUACUUGCCUGGCAAGAAAGCUACUUGUCCUGGAUUACCAGAUGGGACUUUUAUUGAGCCCUUGUUAUGUCUAUAUCAGGGUUUUAAGAAGCCAGAUGGUCGAUUAGGGAAAAAACCUGAUCAUAGACUGACCACUGUAUUUUACUCAUUUAUACAACCAUACUAAAAAUACAUGACCAACUUGAUAAUAAUAAUUUUGUUAAAAUUCUUGUUAAUAGCAUAUGCUUGUUUUUCAUAGGUGCAAUUUGGGACUCUAAGUGACUAUUUCAAUGCUCUGUAUAAAACCACUGGUAUGACUUCAAUGUGUACUUGCUCUUUCAUUAAAUUCACAUUUUACAUUUUGAUUGUGAUUAACGUAAUGAAAUCUAAUCUGACCUCUUCUUCCUUUCCAUGGCUAAACCCUGAAAUUAGUGUUGUAGCUAAGCUAAUCAAAACCAUUAUUUCUUACUAGGUUCUGCGCCUGGGAGUCAACCAAAAGGUUUUCCUGCCCUAAGUGGGGAUUUCUACACAUAUGCUGAUAGGUACUGCUAUUAAUUUGCAUACAGUGUGUGCUAUUUUUAGAUGGACCAUGGGGGAAUUGAACUGAAUUCCCCUUUCAGAUCUGGAAGGCAAUUAUAAUUACUCCCUUGGCCAAUUUCUGCUGCAUUAUAACAGGUUUGUUUUUGGUGUGUGAAGCUAUCUGUCGUGAACAAUGCUUUACUUGGGGAAGUGAUAGAUGAUAGCUUUUUAAGGCUUAUUUUAUAUCAGCAGACAAUGGAAUGGUGUUAGAGGACAUGUACAGAUGGUUGUGAACUAUAAAUUAGUACUGAAAACAAUGUAGCCUACGUGUAGCCCCCGGGAGAAAAUAAAUCUCAUUUUUGCUUCCGCAGUGGAGCCAGAGGGUGUAACUGCACUCAUUCUAAAAGGAAUGAUCCCUCCCUUGUUCAUCAAAAAGUCUUUUUUGCCCCCUUCUGUCUGUAUAGAUAAUUGACUGCUUACCUAUGUUUGAAUAGAAUGCUUGAUUUAAAAUUGUACAGUAUUGUUUUCAUGACUUUUAAUGUGUAUUACCUACAGUAUGUCACAAGGGCAUUAAAUACAUGACCUUUUUCACAGGGACGAUCAUUAUUGGAGUGGUUACUACACCUCAAGACCAUUUUACAAAAGUAUGGACAGAGUUCUGGAGUCACACCACAGGUAUUAAUGCCUUCUCACUAGUCUUCUUAAUUCAAUGAAUAAAUUAUGUUGCAUUUGAUUAUCACCAUUAUCACACAGUAAGAUCUUGUAAUAAUUGAAAAGUAAGAAAAUUAGCGUUUUAGGUGAUGUAUUUUCUUUCUGUUUUUCUUGUUUUACUGGGUCAUUAAUUUGUGCACCUGCAAGGUGUUUUUGUACCAUGUGACCAUUUAUUUAAUUAAACAGGACUAUUCUUGUCAAGCCUGAAUUUCUUUUAGGUGUCUUUGACAUUAAUUUGUAAUUUGAAUACAUAAAUGUGGGGGCUCUUCCAACACUCGCACAUUUACCCUAAAUUCUCUAUUAAGCCCCCCCUUCUCUAAUAGGCCCUCCCUUUUCAAGGUAAGAAAGUUAAUAAGCCCCUCUCUCUUUUCAGCCCCCCUCCCAUCCCCCUUAUUUUUCUUUCACACUGUAUUAACUGUAUUAAUCAAUCUCGGCUGUAAAACCUCGUGUGGAUUGAUCCAGGAUGGUUUAUUCAUGUGGCGGAAGUUCGGAUUUGUUUUUUUUCCUCGGCUGCAUGACCUCCAACUUCUUGUACUUGAGCUUUUCCACUUUGCAUUCUUGUCCUUUAUGGAGAACUGGGUCCAUCGUCUAAAUUGCUGAUUUAAAUAAGCCCCCCGUCUCUCUCACCUCCCCACCCCCCAAACCCCCAAACCCUUCACAGUUACCCCCCCCCCAGCUACAGGCUUCCAACGCACCUCCUGCUACACCUUCCUUCCUUGAUCUUUGUACUCUUUGAUUUGGUUUAUUUGUCGUUUUCUGUUUAGUUUUUUUUUACAUUUGUCGUUGUAUGUUCUUAGUUGUUUGUUGGGUUGUUUUUUCAUUGGGGGGAAGUUCGGUUUUUUUUUUUUUCCUCGGCUGGCUGACCUCCACUUUCUUGUUCUUUGGCUUUUCCCUUUUGCUUUUUUGUCCUUUAUGGGGAACUGGGUCCAUCGUCUAAAUUGCUGUUUUAAAUAAGCCCCCCGUCUCUAUUAAGCCCCCCCCCCCCCAACACCUCUCAAAUGUGUUUGAAAUAAAUAAGCGCCUGGAGGGCUUGAUACAGAAUUUGUGGUAAAUCCGUCCUGCUUGGUAUUUUGUAGACUAUCAAUGGAUUUGUUAACUUGCUUUUUGUGUCUGUUUUGAAGAGCUGCAGAAAUAAUGUUCUCGUUGGCUGAAUCACAUGCUCGUCACUAUGGCAGUUCAAGCUUUUCUGUUGAGAAACUGUAUGGCCUCCUGACGAAUGCUCGCCAGAAUCUGGGCUUGUUUCAGCACCACGAUGGCAUCACUGGAACAGCUAAAGACUUUGUGGUUAUUGAUUAUGCAACAAGGUCUGUGCUAAUGUCUAGAGAGAGAUUUUGGUUUUACAUAGUGGUAGAUGUAAUGAAAAGUAAAAACAGAGUUAUCAGUAGUUGACUCGGAAUAUUGAUUGCAAUAUUUUAGCUCAUUUUGACCGCAGUGAGGAGUGAUUUGCGCCAAUCACUGGUGAUCAUUGUGAUACUAAAGUCACUAAAGAAGUAGACAACAAUUGUCCAUAGUCUAUACUCUGACUUAUACCAUAAUAAUGUUUUGAAAAUGUUCAAAACUCUCAGUGCUGUUUUUGAUGUCCAUUUCCCUUGACGUUUCUCAGAAAAUUGGGCGUGCAAGAAAGAGAAAGAGAAAUUAUUGUGCAACCAUCGUGUCAUUUCCGUGGUCUCUACUGUUAUUGACCAUAGCUCUUGGCCAAAUCGCACAGUUAUUGUAAAAUAUGUUUACUUAUCACCCUGUCCCAACCUCAUCACCUGCAGAAGACUACAUGUAGCAAUAAUUGUGAUCUAUAUUCAGGGUUCGCACGCACCUUGAAAGUUCUUGAUAGUCCUUGAAUUUUAAAAUAAAAAUUCAAGGCCUUGAAAGUCCUUGAAAAUUGCAGUCGGUGCUAGAAAGUCCUUGAAUUUCGGUACUAACUUUAUCCAACCCAGAUUCUCAAGUGCCUAAAAGGAGCAAACAGAGAAAGACCUUCAGGAUAAAAUUGCUCAUGUUGUGGAAGAACUGAAAAAAGACAUAGACUCAAGGCUCUUUUUUGCACUGAGAGGAGUCCUUGAAAAGUGGGAAAUGCGUCCUUGAAAGUCUUUGAAAAGUCCUUAUGAAUUUUUUGUUCAAAAAAGGGUACGAAACCUGUAUAUUCAUCUGUUACAAUUACACUAAAUUGCAUCAACAGAAUGUUACGCUCUUUGAAUGACAUGCAGCGAGUGAUACAGGACUCCUCCCAUUUCCUGUUAACAUCUGACAAGUCGCACUACAAGUUACCAGACCAACAUGCACCUCCUCUAAAGUUUGUAUGUACACUUUCUUUCCUGUGUUAAAACAUUUUGAUAUUGAUAAACGUUAGUGUGAGAUUAGGAAAACACUUUAGUCAUAAAGCGCAAGAGAGAAUUAUCCGAGGGCGAGGCUGCCUGCUGUCAUAGGCAAUUUGACCAUCAUGCAAUAAAAAUAAUUAAAAGAGAGUAUUGAAGUUAUGUUUAUACACUGAACUCAUUAUUUUCCUCCCCUUUCAUGUAGGAGGAAAGCAGAUUAGGUCAUGAUUCAUUACCCACAAAAGAAGUCAUAGCAGUCUCUGACACUCCAAGGUAACUUGAAAAUAUUUUAAUCACUUGUUGCUGAUUUCAAGGAUAGAAAGAUUUAGUAAAGUUAGAUGUUUAAGCAUAGACGUUUUUGAGGGAUGCACGUCAAGCAGAAGUCGACAUGUUGCAAUACUCGGCAGUGGGUUCGCUUAAAUCUUUGGGCAAGUCAUCUCAAAAAGAGCAGAGACACUAAGCAUUACGAAUUUGGUAGCGUCGAGAUAUAUUAAAAAGGGAAAACUCCUCACUUUGCUUAAACUCACUAUUAACACCCUGUAAGACGACAAGUCAUCGAGAAUUUGGAGUAACAAGCCCCUGCUCUUGGUGAAUUGGUUUGAAUUUCAAGGUUUUGAUGUCUAAACUGAUCAAACAGGAUGAAUUUCAUUUUAGCUCUUACAGUCAGCUAUCAGCUAGGGCCGUGGAUUACCUGUAAACCAGCUGAUUGAGCUAAAACCCCACGUUAAAUAAACUAUCGUAUCGUAUCGUAUCGUAUUAGUAACAAGUUUUUUAAUUUUAGUCACUAUACCCCUCUUCAGAACCUCCAUUCUAGGGAGAAUGGGUACAAGCCUUGGGUGCAGUGAUGUCUAAGAUCGUUUAGGUGGACAAGCAUUAGUUAUCAUUGACCGAUGGUAUUCAAGGCGACGAUUAACCAAUCAUUAGAAUACGCUUGUCCACCCAAAUGAUCUCAGAAAUCGUUUUGCCAAGAGCUUGUACCCAUUCCCGUUAUAGUUUCUGGAGUUCACCAUUUUCACAUGGCCAUAAUGCAGCUUGUUUACCCCCCCAAUAAAUUUGCAUGACCAGUCUUGCAAAAUUUUGUGGUUAAACAACAUGCAUUAUGGUCUAUGUGAAAUUGGUGAGUGGGAAAUUAACCUUAGGGAAAAUUGUAUUUAACAGGGCAAUAGUAUUGUACAAUUCCUUGACGACAGCAAGAGAACAGAUCGUCAGUCUCCACGUCUCCGAUCCAGUAGUAAUGGUAUGAAUAGUUAAAAGUUAUGAAUUUUAAUGAACACGUUUACAUUAAUGAAUCGAACGAAACAAUUGCCAAAAAUAUUGUAAACAUGGAAAACAAAGAUUUUUGUUACAUCAAACAAUAAGUGGAGAAUUUAGGGGAAGUAAAGGUGGCGCAGUUUCCCAUCGCGGUCAAGUGUCUGAUGAAUUUAUUGGGCUUUAAGUGGAAGCAUGGGGAAGCAUUUUUAAAAAAAUAAGUUUAUGUAACUUUCUUCAAAUUUAUAUUUAAGUAAUAAACUUUAAACGCUUCAUGCCUGUGCAAAUUUAUGUUGACAAAAGGGUGCGAAAGUUUCAUUGAUUUCAUUUUCCAAACACUUAAAAGUUAUAAAAUGUUUAGUAAAUUAACAGCGUGUUUAAAAUAUACUUAACUUUGAACAGUGAAAGUAUCAACCUUAGUUUUGAAGUACUUUGCUUAACUUUGAUAAUAAUAAUGGUAAUGGUAUUGAUGAUGAUGAUGACGAUGAUGAUGUUGUGCUUCGCAAAUGUUUUUUCGAUUUGUUUUUGGCAUUUUGUCAGGUGAGCGAUAGUGAUGGAAAGGAAGUUCCAAGUCAAGUAAACGUGUGGUGGGAUCACAGGAACAGAAUAUCAACUGCCAAAUAUGAGGUAAGUAUUGUAAUUCCUCAGCCAAAGUUCAGUAACGCACUUCAGGGUGUUAGUGCAUGGUGAAGAGGCGGUGAUUAGCUCUUUUAUAGCAGCCAGGCAAGCUCACUGUUUAAUUCUCGCUCGAGAGCGGCGAGGCUUAGUUCUCUUUCUUAGACAGUGGAUGGCAUUAUUGGGAACCAAUUCUUUAUAUAGGGUUUAUGUAGUGGAUACUCCGAAUUAGGAUGGAAUGUUAAUAUUAUAGAAAUAGGAUUAGGAUCUUGCCUUGCUAGGUUAGUCAGCUCUUUUUGCACAUCCUUGUGUUUGUUUUUGUUUGUGUUUUAGAAUUAAAUUACUCAUCGAGGAAUAGUGUUCUACUAGUAGUUUUGUUUGCGAUUUUGGAAGAACAAGCUAUAAAGAGAAAAUUAGCUUUCAGUUAGCAGUCAAAAGCAAAAGCUGUAGACUAUUUGAUGGUAAACGCAGAAUUCUUAGGAGUAGUCAUAUUAUAACACUUAAAAAUUGACUUGUUCACUAAAAGCGUUGUUGGUUUUGCUUUAUUUUCAGGUCGUGUUUUUAGCCAAAGUUUCACCGCUGUCUUUGACCACAUAUUUUGUGUCAUCAGGACUGGGGUCAAAACUGAACGAACGUUCUGCUAUCACUGCAUAUAACGCACCUGAAACGUCACAAAACUUAGGGUAAGACGUUGUGAUGGAAUAUUGGACCUUUUUUGCUUGUAGGUUUCAUUUUCCCAAUGGGCCAUUUGCACGAUCGCGUCAAUUUACUUCUACGACCAGAAUCCUUUCCGUUUUCCCUUUCAUUUUCAAAUUUGGUAAUCCCAGCGAGGUUCAAAUGACAAAAGCUCUAAUUUGCACAAGAAAGCAAAACCCUGAAGGAUUCUGGUAGUAGCAGUAGAAUGGCGUCAUCAUGCAAAUCGCCUAUUCAGACCACGUGAUGUUCUCAAGGGAAUUGGCCUUUUGUUUUUCAGUUAGUCAUACACGCAUAUGCAGGUGGAAGGCGCGAGAUUUGAAAGAAACUGUUCUCCGGGGUAACAUUAUGUUGUCUGCAAUGGGAAAACAAAACAUGCGAGCUAAAAAGGUCCAUUGCUUUACAAAUCCAAACCCUCUCGGCGCAAACUUCCCAAAUCAAAUCAAUACUUGAUUGCGUUCGACAUAGGAGAGCGCAUUCCUAAUCUGGUGUUGGUGGGUUUUGCUGGGGUUCAUUUGUGUCAAGGCAAAUUUUUGAUUUGGUAGAUAGUCUUUCGACCUGCCCCUCUCCUAGGAGGAGGUGUAACGUUGUUGAUGUCCACAAGGUUUUCUCUUAUGGGGCGCCAAAUGCAUUUUUAUUAUUUAGAGUGGUUAUUUGUAUAUAACCAAAACAAUGUUGGUUAUUUACAAAUAACCACAUUACAGUUUUAUUAUUCCUAAAUAACCAAAAUGUAAAGUUGGUUAUUUACUAAUAACCAAAACUGAAAUUUGGUUAUUUAGCAAAUAACCAAAAAUUAAAAAGUGGUUAUUUCUAAAUAACCAAAUGCGAGGUUGGUUAUUUAUUAAAUAACCAAAAUGCGAUAUUGGUUAUUUAUUAAAUAACCAAAAUGCGAAAUUGGUUAUUUGUUAAAUAACCAAAAUGCGAAUUUUGUUAUUUAUUAAAUAACCAAAAUGCGAAAUUGGUUAUUUGUUAAAUAACCAAAAUGCGAAAUUGGUUAUUUAUUAAAUAACCAAAAUGCGAAAUUGGUUAUUUAAUAAAUAACCAAAUGCGAAAUUGGUUAUUUAUUGAAUAACUAAAGUGCAGGCAGAAUGGAAAAUUGGUUAUUUAUAAACAAACUGGACAGUUGGUUAUUUAGUAAAUAAAACAUGGACGAUUAAAAAUCCAAAAAUGUGCAAAAAUGGUUAUUUAAUAGAGAAAUGGUUAUUUACCUUAUUUGGCCUUAGCAAGUGGCCACGUGGCCCAUUUUUCCGCUCAUCUCCCAUAACGACUUGCAGACUUCUAUUUCCAACAUGGCUUCUUCCAAAAACAUAGCGCGGUUAAAUGCAGAAAUGGCUCUGAGCUGCUUUGAAGUUAGCUACUGACCGAUCCAAAUCUGAUACAUGCCACUGCAGACUGUUCACAGUCCCUAUUUUUCCGGAAGAUCGUCGAGAUCGAGCACUAACCAGGGGGCAGGGGGCGGUUUGGGAGGAAGCGAGAAAAAUAGUCCCUGAGUAGUUUUGACGCUCAUAUAAGAUGGCUGCCCGCUACGCAAAGCCUAUUGCGACAGGAUUCUCUAAUCAUCCUGAUAUUGUAGAAUUCUGUAGGUACUUUUGAUCACUGGUCAAGCCAAUCUUUGCCCAAAGAGAUCUCAGGAGCAGGAAAGUAGCAUUUUCCUGCGUAUCAAUUUACUGACAAUGUCCCGAGGAAAACGCUGGAAUAGGAAUUCUGAGACCCUAAAUAUAAAGAUUGCCCCCAGAUCCCACUAGGUUGGGUCGCCUUCGACACUACAACUUUCCUCCCUACUUUCGUGCGAAAGGUUUAUUAGAAGAUACAUCAUUAUGAUAACUCGAAAGAACAGACGGGAGGCAAUCUUAAUUCUCCAUUCGGCAAGUGAUAUGACCAAGAAAAUUGUAAAAGAAAUCGAAAAGAGAGACACUUUAUUUGGUAUUUCAUUCAGUUUUUGGCAAGUACAGAAUUGAAUUUUAUGGCCAAAAUGUGAGAUCAGUCGGGAAAAUAUAUACCUCGUUAAGACCCUGUUGUAUAACAAAACAGUGUAAAAUACGAUACGUUUCACGGAAAUGCAAAAUUAUUUUUGUAUAUGUGUAAUGUCUGAAGAUUAAAGGACAAGGGAACAAAUUAGUCAGAAAUGAAUAAUGUGACGGCACGACAAUUCGUUGGAUAAUCUCUGGACUAUCAUGAAAACUAACUGAAGUAGAUGACGGUAAAUGAAGACUAAUGGUGGUAGAUGUAGGCGUAUGAAGGUAAAAGAAGGCUAAUGAAUGUAGGUGACCGUGGAUAUAGGCUAAUUGGGGUAAAUGAAGGCUAAUGGAGGAAGAUGACGGUAGAUGAAGGUGAAAGAAGGCAAAGGUUAUUGAAGGCCUUUGUAGGUAGAUGAAUAUUAAUGACGAGGGACGAGUGUGAAUGAAGGUAAAUGAAUUAGAAUGAAGGUGAAUUAAAAUAAAUAAAGGUGAAUGAAGAUUAAUGAAAGCGAAUGAAGGUGUACGGAGGAAAAUAAAAGUAAAUGAAGGAAAAUGAGGGUGGAAGAAGGUAAAUGAAAGAGGAAAGUGAAGGAAGUGGAAGAAGCCAUGUUGGAAAUAGAAGUCUGCAAGUCGUUAUGGGAAAUGAGCGGGAAAAUGGACCACGUGGCCACUUGCUAAGACCAAAUUAGGUAAAUAACCAUUUCUAUAUUAAAUAACCAUUUUUGCACAGUUUUGGAUUUUUAAUUAUCCAUGUUUUAUUUACUAAAUAACCAACUGUCCAGUUUGUUUAUAAAUAACCAAUUUUCCAUUCUGCCUGCAUUUUGGUUAUUUAAUAAAUAACCAAUUUCGCAUUUGGUUAUUUAAUAAAUAACCAAUUACGCAAUUUGGUUAUUUAAUAAAUAACCAAUUUCGCAUUUUGGUUAUUUAAUAAAUAACCAAUAUCGCAUUUUGGUUAUUUAAUAAAUAACCAACCUCGCAUUUGGUUAUUUAGAAAUAACCACUUUUUAAUUUUUGGUUAUUUGCUAAAUAACCAAAUUUCAGUUUUGGUUAUUAGUAAAUAACCAACUUUACAUUUUGGUUAUUUAGGAAUAAUAAAACUGUAAUGUGGUUAUUUGUAAAUAACCAACAUUGUUUUGGUUAUAUACAAAUAACCACUCUAAAUAAUAAAAAUGCAUUUGGCGCCCCAUAUUCUCUUUUGUCUCGUUUUCACGUACCAACGAGCGCGUUUCUCUAGCGAAAACGUUCCCAGUAUGUUGAGCAAAAUAUAAGUAACACAAAUCACACAAUAGCCUGGUAAUAAGUAGGGCAAUGACCACAAACUGGAAUUAGACGUUCACAUGCCACGCGCGAGUCGUACUGACACACUACCUUGAACGGCUUCAGCGCGAUUUUUGGGUUCACAUUUUUAUGACUCAUCCUGUGAGUAGACCGUUUGUUCUCGAGCCUUGUACACUGUUACAAAUUUGUUGAACAGUCGAACCUCCACUAACGCCCACCUCUCUACAACGGCCACCUCUUUGGCAGACAGUCCAUACUUUGACUCUCGUUUAAACCUCUCUACAAUGGUCAUCUCUCCAUGACGGCCACUUUCUUCUGUCCCCAAGGUGGCCGUUGUGAAGAGGUUCUGCGUUCAACUAUAAUCGUCUUGUUUCAGUUGAUCGGUGUAUAUAUGUGUGUGUUGAAAGUUCGACUUGAAGUAAUAUCUUUGUUUUUCUUUUUUAGGGAAGGAUUUAAAUUUGAUGUGAAAGAAGCUGGACGAGAAAAUAUUGUUGUAGAAAAUGUGUUCAUGAAAGUUGAAUUUGACAGUUUCAGAGGCCUUCUUAAGGUAAAACGUCACAGCACUGUGCACACUUUGUAUGGCUUCACUUAACACUUAACGGCUUUUUUUGCAAAAUGCUAAAUAUGAUGUGUAAGCAUUGAACGUUUGUCUUCUGACUUGGUGUUUGUCUUGAGUCUCGUUUAUUCUCACAACAUUUUGAAGUCAAACAGCCUCAACAUCGCCCCACAACAAAUUUGAGGUAAGAGAGAUUUAGAAAUACUUUUUAUAGGGUAAACGGCCCACGUGAUAUUCAAGUUGACGGUUUCUCGAAUUGGAAAAUGAGCAGUGAAGAACUGUCCUAAAGCAAUGAUAGAAUUUUCUAGGUGGUUUUCAUUACCAUUGUUAUCAUCUUAUCAAUUAUUUAUUCAAAAACGUAUUUCCUGUCGAAAUUGCUAAGUGUACGGUGACUUAUUUCCUAUUGAAAUUGGUAAGUGCACGGUGACGUAUUUCCUGUUGAAAUUGUUAAGUGUACGGUGCAACUCCCCACUGUAGAAACUCUAGGGAGAAUGGGUACAAGCUUUGUGUGCAGUGAUUUCUAGGAUUGUUUGGGUGGACGAGCGUUAGUUAUGAUUGGUCAGUGGUAUUCAAGGUAAGCAUUAACCAAUCACAAUUAACGUUUGUCCACCCAAAUGAUCCCAGAAAUCGUUGCGCCGAAAGCUCGUGAAUAAAACGAUUUAUUGCAUAAAUCAGCUCUAUUUACGAAACAUAAACAUGAUGAACAAACUACAAGAAUUCCCAAAGCAAGCGAAAAAACACAUGUCGAAGAAACAAAGGGGGUGCGAACCCCUGAAGACUAACUUAGGGCCUAGUUCCCACAGGUCCGAACAAUCUAACAGAAAAUAAACUUUCAGUUCUGAACAGCUUGUACCCAUUCUGAUUCCCCGUAUAGUUUCUGGAGUGGGGAACUGCAUUUACAUGUUUUGUCGAUCUAAGGUUAAAUUUUCAUUUCAGAGCGUGACGCAUAAGGACGAUGGAAGUAUGACAGAAGUGGCUAUUGAUUUUGCCACCUACGGCACAAAACCUUCUGGAGAUAGGAGUGGUGCUUACCUGUUCCUACCAGAUGGUCCUGCCGAGGUCAGUGCUUUUUGUUCUGUUGCCGAGCAGUACACACAGAGUCAUAUGAAAUGAGUUAAAUUUGCACUGAAUUGAAUGGAAACUUAUUAUCAUGUAUGAAAGAGUGGGAUUUACAUUUCCAAGUUGUGUGAAGCGCCAUCUCCAAGCCUCAUCAAUUUCGUAGUAUCUGCUUAUAGAAAAAAAUGCUUUGUGUUUGAGUGUCAAUGUAUUUAGCACGAAAGUACUAAUUAGGGACCCUAUUUUUAAGUCUCCAACUGGAGACGGGGCCGCCAUUUUACCUGGUCAUCCGAGCCACGCGAAGGUGUAGCUGUUUGCAGGGCAAAGGAAGUAUUUUCAUAUUUGAGUUAUUUCAAGACCCAGGGAAUCGAACCCGCGACCUUCCGCUGAGCAGUCAAGCGCUCUACCGAUUGAGCUAAUCUUGGGUCUGUCGGUCAGUGGUCAGUGAUUAGUAAACGUUGGUCUGCCAUUCUCGAUUGAAAUCCACUGUACAAGUGCAGCACUUCUUCUUCCUCGUGGACGAUUAUUUGUUACUUCAUGUUGUGACUGAUUAAUUUGCAGGCUCACGCCCUAGGGGAGCAACCAUCGAUUUACGUAAGCAGAGGAAAACUGGUAAGUGACUGGUAACAAGGACAAGGAUCGAGUCUUAAAAAAACUCGAAAAAAGAAAAUAAGAAAGACAAUAUUUAAAUAGAACAAAAAAUGCUAACACCAAAAUUGAUGGAAGACUUUUUUUAAUGCUAGCGAUUAUAAAGUGAUCCAUAUGGAAUGGCGUUUGACUUUUACGCGCACUUUCUACAACGAUAUGCUUCUUUUUUCGUGAACGUUUCUUCGUAAAGAUUGAUUGAUUUGUAUCUAAAGAAACGUGCCACGUGCUGCUUCUUUGGGAGGUGAAACCGAAAAUAACGUUUUUAACAACGGUGUGUAGAAAAGAAUUUAAAAGUUGACUCUGUGUGUUACAGCUCUUUAAAAAAUUUAAAUCUUCUCUUCUCAGAUGCAGGAAGUUCGAGUCGCCCUUCCUAAUGUCGUUCAUGUCGUCAGAAUGUAUUCCAUAUCCGGUGAGUGGUUUGUAUUUAUUUACACAAUUGGUCACAAAGUUAAUGGAGCAGGCACUGGUCAUGGAUAACGUGGAUGUUUCCUCGGGAGGCGCGUUACAUGCGAGUGUUCGCCGACCCAACUCAGGCAACAAAGAAAGAGUUGAAGUACGUGCGUGCAUGAAGAUUUUUUUCAUUAGGGCAAAUUAUAGAGGAAUUAAUUCGUUAAUCACCGACAGUAAGGAAAAUACAAAAAGGCCCUUUGCAGCCGGUCAGAGAAACAAAGAAAACGCACUGGGACAAGACUGACAUCAUUCAAAAUAGAAAUUACCAUUUAAAUGAUGCGCUCUUUGUGUUGUUCCAUUGUGUUCCUUGCUUUCCAGCGAGCCAGGCCUUUUUAUAGCACGUGACUGACCACCUGCAAAGGUCCCACCACUUGUAGCCCGUGAAAAGCGCGGGAAAUCUCAUGCAAGUAACUAAAAAGUUGGUUUUUGUUCUGAUUGGUUGAGAUCAGGUGCACUUUAGCCGAUCACGAAGCGUAGUAUUGUAAUUCAACCAAUUGAAAAUUAAUCUGAAAGCGAAAAUUGACAAGUGUCUUGUUGAUGGUACACUGCAGGUCCCGAAGGACGAACUUUGGAUAUCCAAAACAAAGUGGACAUCAGGAAUUUCGUGAACAAGGUAAGAAACCGCUUAUUAGUGUUGUAAGGAGUUAGCUGCUUAUCGACGUGUGUGUGAUAGAUGUGGUCAUGAAAUCUGGUUGCUCUUGCUAAAAGCAACUUCCAUGUACUCUUGUCACUGCGUUUUCACCGAUCAGUUUGUUUGUAGAACGAUCGUCGUGUGCGUUUAGAUUAUCCUCUAGGUCUCACAAACCAGUCAGCAAAACCUACAGACCUGAAAAUUGGAUUUUUGACCUUUUAAUGACGUUCAGUUCGUUCUCGGUUGCUUGUACUUCGAAUGCACUCAUAGACGGAGCGGAGCUUUCAUUUUCGAGGGGGAAAGCGCUCUAAAAUGCAGCUCAAAAUAAACCGGUUCAUGACCUAGUAUGAAAGCCUCUUGCUACGGGUUAUGCUGGGCUCCUGAUAUCAAGCAAACUUAAGCGUUGUAAAUUAACAUACGUGUUUUUCUGCAGGAGUUAGUUAUGAGAGUAAAGAGCAACAUACAGAACACUAACAGAGACUUUUACACCGACUUGAAUGGAUUUCAGGUUUGUUGGAAAUAAUAUUUAAAGUAUAUAGAUAAGGACUUCUUUUCAAAUUGCUGAAGUUUCGAAAGUUAAGCUACCCAACACGUUUUCGAAUAUGCUGUUUUUAUUUGUUUGUUGUGCGCACGUUACGAGAGUAAGGAUGUCAUACGGCAGGCGCUGUUUGCAUUAGCGGGCUACAAGCUCAGAUAAUUAGAGCUGAGGUCUUGCAAGUUGCAUGUUUCGAGGUCAAAUCUCAUUUGAGCCACUGAUUUUUUGGAAAGAAGUUCGUUUUUUUCAAAACAGUUUGAGCUCUGUAAUGCGUAAGGGAAGGAUGUUACGACGGUUUGAAAAUUUCAAAAUUAACGAGUAUUUGUAUGGAAAACCACUCAACCGAGACCUGGUGACAGGAGGUGUUUUUCCUAUACAUUCGGCAUCGUUGCAAUCGCAGUUUCGAUUACUAGCCGCUGGUCGGGAAAUGAGCCCGCGCUGCUCCUUGAAAAGAGUGGAUGAGGAUAGCCUGUUCCAGGCGUUCAGGUAGUGGGGAGCGGUGCGAAGUAAAAAGGAGCGUGAAAAAAUAAAAACAAGGGAGGGGGGGAGAGGAGAGAGUGGGAAUGCCUGUUGUACCGUACCGUCCUCCCCAGUCCCCCUUCUACUUUUCCUCGCUUUCUUUACUUCGCACCCGUCCUCACAAUCUGGAGGCCUGCCCUGGGACAGGCUAGGAUGAUGAGCAAGACUGGACUCAAAAGAGCGGCGGAUUGGAAAUCGCGCCUAUUGUAAUGGCUGCUUUUGAAAUAUACGGAAAAAUUCAAAGGCUACCAAAUCUGGUUUUUUCCCUGCCUCUUCUGUCUAUAUAAGUAGCAAAAUACUUGCUGUUGCUUUUAUUUGGUCUGUAAGGAAACCGCGUUUGAGGUUAUUAACUGUAGAAGCGAUGGCAUCAGUGCAGUACUGUUGUUUGAAUGGUUGCACAGAAUGAGGCGCGUAGUGCUGCAUUGUGUGACUACCGAGAUUUUACAAGUUUAGUAAUUAGAGUGGUUUUCGUUUGAGUGUCGUAAAACCAAAACCAAAGUAAUUACUCUGGCCAAUCACAUAGGACACAGACAAUACACUGAACCAAUCAAAACUCGAAGUAAUUACAUGUGGCUGACGCAAAGCGUGCGCGUCACCAUUGGCUUUGGUUUUACUUCUGAUUGGAUGAAAAGGUGGCGCGAAUCUUUUAAGCCAAUCGCAUCGUGUAGAAAGUGCAAAACCAAUUACUUUUCGACACUCAAAUGAAAACCGCUCUAUUCAGAUUGUUACACAUGAAACUUACACCAGUUUUCUUACACCUGCCUUGACGUUUUCUUUGUCUUUUUUAGAUGCAAAAGCGUAAAACGAUGGAUAAAAUACCCAUUCAGGCCAAUUUUUACCCUCUUCCAUCCAUGGCUUUCCUUCAGGACAAGUCAACUCGUUUGACACUUGUUUCGGCUCAAUCCAAUGGAGUGGCUGGUCUUCAUCAAGGUAACUGCCGGAGUAAAAUCUCGGUUUCAAUCCUUGGGAUUGGGUUUUGGGAGGGGAAGCAGAUGUGGAACCUGUAAGCGGCAUAGAAAACGGUCUCGAAACAAGUUGGUCAUGACAAGUACUUUAUUUCAUUACAAGAAAAAAAUUUGAAAACUCUUAAGGGGUAAAAAAUCAAGAUAUAAGUAGGUACAUCUAGAUGUUCCCAUAAAGCGAGAGAGGAGGAGGUUGGGGGGAGCUUAUAACCUUUAAAGAAAAAACCCUUUCUGUUUUCAAGUAGAUGGGCUCAUAACCAGGAGUGUUUAUGAGCAGGGGUUUAAAACUUGGUUUUACGUUAGUGAUUGGAAAUUUCUCGGAUAUACAUUUUGUGAUAAAAUUCACAACGUUUCGACCUCUCCGAGGUCAUUUUCAAAAACAGUUUAAAAAUAGGGUAUGGAUUUCAGGGUCUUGAGCCUUAAAGGGCGUGGAGGUUAGCGAUGAGCGGUCUACAUUUGUGGUGCCAACAAUUUUUUCCAGAAACUCUUGAUUCCAUGUUUGAAAAUUGGACCAAUCAGGGUUAUAAAAUAAUGUCACUUGUCUUAAGAAAUGAAUAGUUUUUGUCUUUUCUCAUGCGUCCUUGUGCUCUUUGACAAGUGGAAAGCAUGCUUACCAAGAAAGCAGUAAUACGAAAGCAAUUUUGUCUUUACAGGUGAAUUUCAAGUUGUUCUUGAUCGUCGUUUGUACCAGGAUGACAACAGAGGCCUGGGUCAGGGAGUGACAGAUAACAAGGUCACUCCAGCUAACUUCAGACUUGUGGUGGAACGAUUUAAGACUCCAAAUCAACCUGUAAGUACAGCUGCUCAUCAGACGAUUCGCGACGACGAUUUUUAGCGCAACACAGCAUUGCAACAUUGUUUCGACAUUGUUUCGAAUAGUUAAAACAUUGUUCCAACAUUGUAACGCUGUGUUGCGCUAAAACUCGUCGUUGCGAAUUGUCCCGUGCAUGUAACAUCACCGUUAAGCAUCAACGACGGCGACAGCUUCGAAAACGACUUUUAAAAAGUGAAGUCGUGCUACUUCAAACUUUAUUCCGCUUAUUCCACAGCUCGUUCAAUUCGUCAAAUGUUGGCAAUUGUUUUCUGGAAUUGAACUCUAAAGGACUGUAUUGAAGUUCAGGAAAAGAAAAAGAAAGUCAUUGUCUUGUGUUCACGCUCUAAUUAGUUUCGUAAGGUCCCUAUUGAAGCGCGCUCAUGGUUAGAAAUGGAAAAUGUUACAAUGUACAUUCUUUAAAUUCUUUUGUCUCACAGAAUGGUAGUCCAGUAGCGUACCCCUCCCUCCUUGGGCACCGAAUGUUACAUCAUUUAAACCAUCCGCUGUUUACACUGUUCGCUGCCUCUGAAUCCUCCGACUCCGAAAAUCUGUUGUCAGAUUUCAACGGUCUACAGUCGGAGCUACCUAAUGAUAUCUUCAUGGUCACUUUGCGUUCGGUAGCGGAUAAACAGCGGCCUCGUCCCAGCGGCGAGGCUCUGUUGGUGCUUCAUCGAGAAGGAUAUGAUUGUAAUUUUCAAUGCAAGUGUCUAGCAAAAACAAGCGCAGGACAGGUAAGUAAAUAAUUAGAGACCUUUAGAUUCUAAGACUAGGACGACUUUGAGAAGUGAAGUGAAAUUCUUAUUGUGGAGUAUUUGCACGAAAUAUUUUCGUGUGACGAUACAAAUGAAAUAUUUUUAGACCUUGACAGCGUUCUUAAUUGAAAAGAUUGCGACCAACAGAGAAUGAAAUAAAACAAGUGCGUCGUCUGUCAAACGUCAGACAAAAUCGUCUUUUCUUCAGAAUUCUAAAGAUGUGAGAGGCAUGGCACCUCUAGUGUUAGGGAAUGGGGUGUUUUGGACUGUGUUUGCAAACGCAAGGGACGACUUGAAUCCUUGUUGAAUAUGACCCAUUGAAAUGAAAGAGCAAAUUGCUUUUGUGUUUACAAGAGAGAUUUGGGGAAAGGGUAUCUUGAUUUUACUGAGUUUGAAACGUAUUAUUUCCUUAGAAGACUUUUUGGUGUUUCUUACUCGGCAGGUCCAGUUAAAUCACUUGUUCAAGAACCUGUCCAUCGACAGACUCCAGUCCACCUCCCUGACAAUGUUGCACGAGUACCAGGAACUGGAUCCCAGCUCUCCGCUAAAAGUAGACCCUAUGGAAUUGUACUCUUACAAAAUGAGGCUGAAGUGAAAGUGGAGUUUCCUAGUAACGUUAUGAAUGUUUCGUGGUACAUGAGCAACUCAAGGGAUGCAUUCGUCCCCAGUUAAAACCGUGGUUUACUGGCGGGCAAGGUUUAAGUGAAAGAAAGGCUGGAACAAGUUUUUAACUAUUUUCUCGUCAGUAGCAGAGGUAGAUUCUAGAUUUUGUACCGUAGUCCGUAGAUAUAGCACACUUAGCUAAACAGACUAUAAAAAUAAUUCAGUGUUAAACCAAUUUUUCAUAAGAGCAAAUAAUAAUAAAUGAAGCUAACGAAGGAAAAGCAAAAACGACGAGGAGAAGGGAAAAAGCAGUAACAAUGACUACAACCACAACAAAAAAGAAGGACAAGAAGAGAGUGUAAAAAAAUUGUAUAUUAAAAUUUGUUUAGCCACAGACUACUUAGGAGUUNAGAUAUAGCACACUUAGCUAAACAGACUAUAAAAAUAAUUCAGUGUUAAACCAAUUUUUCAUAAGAGCAAAUAAUAAUAAAUGAAGCUAACGAAGGAAAAGCAAAAACGACGAGGAGAAGGGAAAAAGCAGUAACAAUGACUACAACCACAACAAAAAAGAAGGACAAGAAGAGAGUGUAAAAAAAUUGUAUAUUAAAAUUUGUUUAGCCACAGACUACUUAGGAGUUUUUGUGAACUCUUUGAAACGUGUCCGUGCGUUCCAGAUCGAAUUGGAAUUUGGAAGUGUUGGCUUUUAAGUGCAAGUUUUUUCAGCGGUGAAAAACGCAAACCGGGGAGAGAACUAUACAAAUUUUAGACGGGGUAUAAUAAUUAUGUCAAUAUUAUAUUUCAAUAUGAACUUGAUGGAGAGAUGAUUUUUCAUAAAAUAUAGGAUCUCACAAGCACAAAGAUUUCACCUGAAGAAAGAAAGAUCUCUAACAGAAAUUCUCAACACACUAAAGAAUAACAAUUGUACAAGUUAAUCGCAAUAGAUAUAGCUGCCUCUCACGAAGGCGAGAUGGGAGUAGCCUGCGUACCAGGCGCCGGUGUUGUGAGGGCGAAGGGAGAAAUUUCAAGGACGUGCGCGCGCGCGAGGCAGGGGAGAAAAGGAGUGGAGGGGCCUUCCCCUCCCCUUCUCUCACCGGCCCCUGCUACACAGGCUGGAUGGAAGUGAAUGUGUCGUUCACUGGCGCCAUGCUGAUUUUUCGUUGUAAAAUUAAAGGAGUGUCAGCACAUAGACUGCGAGCAGUUCCUCAGGAUAAUCUCGUCCCCAGACCCUGUGUCCAUCUUAGCCGGCGAAGCCUGGGCACAAGGUAGUCCUCGAUCUCAGGCUUCACCGACUAAAUGCAUGGGACAGGAAGACAGGAAGCUAGUGCUAUCCUCGAAGACUGGACUGCUUGCUCAUUAACAGGACUACCAGUCUACAGCGCGGAAGGCAUUUUGUUUGCGUGGAGUUCCUCAUUUUCCCCCGAGCAGAACAGUUUUUGCUUGCAGUUCAAUUUUAUCUACUCGCUAUCAACUCGGACGAACGCAGCAGGAAAAUAGGGCAUUGUUCGUGGUCUAAAAAGGUCAAAGCUCUGAAGGUGUACCGCGAAUUUGACUCGGCAAAAACAACUGACGACAAAUGAAUGCAAAUUUUGAACUUUGAACAACGCUUCCUACCCAUGUAAUGGUGGUUUUGACUGAGAACUUCAUCACGCUAUCUAGCCUGCGCGGCAGGCGCAAGAAAGGGAGGGGAAAAGGAAGUGGGGAAAAGGGUCCCUUACCAUCUCUCCUAGUCCCCCUCCUUUUUUCCCUUCCUCCCUAUCCCCUACCCCUUUCAACGCCUGCUACGCAGGCUACACCCUAUUGGAACCCCAUAUCAUACAUGUUGGGCGUACCCAUUUUUAGUAGUUUAACUAUGUAUGAAAUUCAUUCAAAACAUUCUCAGGGAAGAAAUAAAACUCUGCAGUUAAG